AUGUUAAAAACUCGACCUAACCUCAAAGCGAUGGAAAUGUCAAAGUCGGACAGUAACAUAUUUACGGUGGAUAAGAUUUUAGACAAACGUGUCCGGAAAGGCAAGAUCGAGUAUUUAAUAAGGUGGGAGAACUAUUCGACUGAUCAUGAUAGUUGGGAGCCCCUGGAAAACUUGAUGUGUCCUUAUACAAUAAGGGAAUACGAAGAGGAACGCUUGAAGGUGGACCAGGAAAAGGAAAAGGUACUCAAAAUGCUGGAGAACAGUAGGAUAUCUUCCAGACCUACAAAGUUGGAGGCUGAAAAAGUGCUAGGGGUCACUAAAUCGGGGGAUAACCUAAUGUAUUUGGCUAAAUAGAAAAACGUAGACGAGGCCGAUUUGAUUUCGUCGAUACAGGCGAAGGUGAAAAUCCCGCAACUAGUGAUAGAAUUUUUUCAAAACAACAUGUCGAUUAUUUCA